AUAUAAAUACUACCUUUUCCCAAGGAUUCUUUUCUGUCGGAGGUGAUGCCAAAUACUAUCAAGGCGUGGUUCAAGAAUCCGUCGGUAGAGCGUUAGGCAAUGAACAAUUGCAAGCCGAUGGUACAGCCAAAAAAAUCCAAGGUCAAUCCGAAUCUGAUGCUGCCAAAACUUCAGGACAACAUAAUGUCAUUGGCAACGUAAAAGAGACUGCCGGUAACGUUGUCGGAAAUGAACAAAUGGAAGCUGAGGGAAGAGCACGUAAACAAAAUCCUUAA